CAAUUAAACGAACACAUUUUAAAACUAGAAAAACACUUUUUGCAUUAAACAGUAAACGGGUAAUUCAAAGACGUACACGAACGCGAACUUGAAUGAGCAGUGUCUUAGUGAACCAACUGACGGACAGUAACCAUCCUGCCAGAUACAAAAUAUGUGCUCUGCCCAGCGCCUGCGCAUUGAUAUCUACAGCAACGGGUCGAUGACAACAAUAUCAGACUGACAUCAGCAACUCCAAAUUAGAGAGCGUAAGUUUUCAGGCAUCAUAAACAUAACAUGGGCGCAACGGCCUUGCAUAAUAAAUCCCCAACCCUGGGUUAUCCCGAGCAUGAUGAUCCGGCGUAUCGCAAGUGCCAGGAGUUGAAGAUGGAACGCUGGAUUCAGAUGCACUACCAAAUCAAGCAACGGGAACAGGCGUUGGCCAUUGCUCAGCAUCGGGAACUCUUUUACUGGCUAAGCGGCUUCUAUCUAAGUGCUUUUUAUGGCUGCGCUAGCUACUACCAGCGGGUCAAGCGUGCCUCAGCACUGGCGCCGCUAUUACCACUUACCUUUGUUAUGGCAUACUACACGGACUGGGCCUAUGGCAGCAAACUGCAUCGGAUACAGGCCGAAGCGAAUAUAAUUAUGGAGCAUGAACCGGAGUUAUUACAUUGGCCAGGGGGACUACCAACGGUCGCUGGCAUUGAUGAGGCUCGCGUUGAAAUUCAAAUGGAAAAGAAAAUGCAUCCCCAUCAUAUGUAGAUGGAUGAUUAUCCAAAUGCAUUGACGCAUGUUUUUGUAAAAUAAUGUUAUUAUUCAAUAACAUGCAUAUGUAUAUGUAUACAUGGGUACAUCGUAAAAUAUUUUUUAUCUCAUACUGGCCCAUAAGUUAUUUCCUGUACACUGAAAAUAUAGAUACAUAUACGAUUAGUAUAGAUGUACAUAUGUACAUACUUGAGUGUACAAUUAUCUGGACUGUACUAAUGCCAGGUAACCUGUUUAUGUGCAAUUGUGCUUAUGUUUGUACUACACGUGUACGUAAAUACAGACAUAUAAGGGGUGCAUACAUAUGUGCAUAUGCAUACAGAAAUUCUUACGCUUUGCGCUUGCAGCCACGUGGCUUGACAAUAUAACCACACGUUUUCUUUACUAAGUUGUGUGUUUCUUUAUCGAUUAUGAUGGAAUGAAAUUUGAAAUUUUCAGCAGUACAUCUUAUUGUGCGAUAGAAUAUUCGUAUGUUCUGAAAAAGACAACAGCAUUGUGGCUUUAGUUGGUGGAUAGUUUCAUUUUAUUUAUUUAUUUUUUUACCAGCCAUAGGGCGGAGGAUAGGGUGAGAGCUUUAUAAUUAAAUAUAUAUGUUGGUCUGCAUAUACUAUUUUAGAAGCUACAUGCCAAAUUUGGUGACUAUAGCUAUUAAAACCUUGAUCCAUUGAUUGGUUGGAAACAAGGCAAUUUGUCGAUUAUUAAAAACAAACUCGUACUGCACGGGGACUAGGACC